UGGCGGGAUUCAGAUUCUGCUUACAUUCGCUGUACAUCCAGGCUGAAGUGUAGAGCCAAUUGCAAGUCGGGCAACCGAAGGGCUGUGUUGUCCUUUCCCCUAUUUCAAGUCCAAGCGCCUGUGUGCAGUGUAUCCGACUGGACUCGGGAAGGAACAAGGAAACAAAGCAAACCGGAGUGAGGGCCGGCAGAGGGACGCGAAUAUAAAUACAGAGCGUGCGCGAGGAAAUAGCUAGCCUGCUAAUAACGUAGUAGGGGAAGAAAGGAAAAGGUGGAAAAACAGGAACUUUCUCAGCAUCACCCAAAUGUGGAGGGGGGAUGGGCAUUAAUAUACCACGGGCUGUGAAGUAACACAGAAUUGCACCGAAAAGAGAGUACAGCCGCUUUGAGUCGAAGAUCCACGACCUGAGGGAACAGAUGAUGAACAGUAGCAUGAGCUCUGGUUCGGGCUCCCUACGCACCAGCGAGAAACGCUCCCUCUACGUCAGAGCCCUUUUUGACUAUGACCGGGCCAGAGACAGCUGUCUACCCAGCCAGGGCUUGAGCUUCUCCUAUGGGGACAUCCUGCAUGUCAUCAACGCCUCCGAUGACGAGUGGUGGCAGGCGCGUCUGGUCACGCCCCACGGAGAGAGCGAGCAGAUCGGGGUCAUUCCAAGCAAGAAGAGGGUGGAGAAGAAGGAGCGAGCGAGGUUAAAAACAGUCAAGUUCCACGCCAGGACGGGCAUGAUUGAUUCCAACAGGCCAGUCAAAGUAAAGCGCAAAAAAAGCUUCAACCUCUCACGCAAGUUCCAGUUUUACAAGAGCAAGGAGAAUAUUGUGCAGGAGUUGGUGGAGUCUGAACAAUGCCUGACGUCAAACACGAGCGACAGUGAAAGCAGCUCAAAGGGUCAGGAAGACACAAUUCUCUCAUACGAGCCAGUGAUUCGACAGGAGAUUCAUUACACAAGGCCUGUGAUCAUCUUGGGCCCAAUGAAAGACCGAGUAAACGAUGACCUGAUCUCAGAGUUCCCUCACAAGUUUGGCUCCUGCGUUCCUCACACGACACGUCCGCGACGGGAGAACGAGAUGGACGGCCAGGACUACCAUUUUGUGGGCUCACGGGAGCAGAUGGAGAAGGACAUUCAGGAUAAUAAGUUCAUUGAGGCGGGCCAGUUCAACGAGAACCUCUAUGGGACCAGCAUCUUGUCUGUCAGAGCAGUGGCUGAGAGGGGAAAACACUGUAUCCUAGAUGUGUCUGGGAACGCAAUAAAGCGACUGCAACAAGCACAACUUUAUUCGAUCGCAAUUUUCAUCAAACCAAAAUCCAUUGAAACUCUUAUGGAGAUGAAUAAGAGACAGACAUUUGAGCAAUCCAAUAAAAUCUUUGAUAAGGCAAUUAAACUGGAACAAGAGUUUGGAGAAUUUUUCACAGCCAUUGUACAGGGUGACUCUCUAGAGGAAAUUUACAACAAAAUCAAGAUGAUCAUCGAGGAACAGUCGGGCCCCUACAUCUGGAUACCUUCCUCAGAGAAGCUCUGAGCUCCCAGCUAUACCCCUCUGUGUCAGUGCAGCCCCCCACACCCCUCCUGACACCCCGCCCAUCCCCCAAAUAGCUCCUCCCUCCCCCUUUUUUGCCGAUAUGUUUCAUAUCAAGUUUUAGUGUCAUCAUUAUGUUAAUCUGAAAUGAAAAGAAGUCUUAUCACCAUUACUGUGACUGUGCACACCCCUGCAUGAGUUUCUCAGAAAAUCCAUUUAAGACUGGAAAUGCCAUUCUGAAUGAAUUUGUCAUUUUAAAACAAAAAAAGGGAAAAGGAGAAAUAAUCCUUCUUUUGUGAAAUGGGACUGACAGUUGAAGAUCAGAAUGUUUUACAGACAAUGCCGAGGUGAGGAGGAGUUUUGGAUUCAGGGGAAGUUGCAGGGGAAUGGAGACUUAAUCACACAAGUUGGAUCACUUUGUAAAUGUUCAUCAAAUCACAUUUUAAAAAAAGACACAAGAGAAGCAAAGACCACUUAGGAGGGGGUUUUUCUACAAGGACUGAAUAAUAUCAAGCCCAGCUGAUGGUACUGUUGGAGGAGUUCUCUCUUGUUUAUAAUUACUGAAGAAAUUGGUGGAGAAGCCUACAGACUGGUGAUCUAUCACAAACCAGCUUGCUAUUUGAUCAGCUGCCAGUUGUUGGUGCUGCUGCAGCUGAUCAAGACCUCUUGGGAGGCAGAACAAAUGAAAGAAAUGAGUUAUGAAUCUACAUUUAUAUAAUGAAAUCACAAGGUAAAUGAACAAAUCCUACUGAGAUUUUACUACAUAUUACAAAUGACACAUUUUACAUUUCACUAGAAUUGUCUACUUGGAGGGCUGUUAGAUUUCAUUCCUUUGUUUUUUUUCGUGGGAUUUUUUGCUUGUGGUUUUUAGCUGCUCUGUGUAAAGGGUGGGGGUAGAGAAGUGUAACGGGGCUCUCUGCAAAACACCAAACUGCCUUACAUCAAAUACAAAUUGUUAUAUUACUACCUGUACUUUGUGGGAAGCUACAAAUAAUUGACAAGGAAAACAAACAGGAAAUGUAUUUUAUUUUCUGAGUUGUCCUCCUGACUUCCAGGAGGUCUAACUUGUGAGUGCAAUAGACUGAAUGCAUAUCUCACCUCUGGAUUCCUAUCUUCCCCCUGUAUUUUUAUCCUUUUCCUGUUGUAAUUUAAGAAUUUAUUGGAUUCCAAUUUGGGCAGCCAUAGCUCCCUCACCCAUGUUGAGCAGCAGACCACCCUAUUACACUCUCUGCCUUCCAAGAUGAUUAUUUUUGAUUGAAUGGUCACAUGGUACUGUCCUGUAUAUGCCACCCUGAAGGUGGCCUUAAAACGGGUAGAAGACAAAUUGUAUUGGAUGUCCUAACAAUUAAAGAGUCAAUAUAACUGGUUUUUGGAUUGUCCUCCCAUCUAAAAUAACACUUGAGGGGUUUGAUUAAAACCUAUAUGCUCUGUAUCUAUAAAGUUUUUCAAUCUUUUUUUGAAUUUGUUCUGGGCAUGUGUUGAGCCACUGUGUUAUGAACCCAAUGGUAUAUCUGGGGCGAGCUCAGUCAGCUCAAGAAUCUAACGCACCGAUAUAAUUUCCCCUGCGACUGAAACACCAUGUUUUAAAGGACAAAUUUAAGAGUUCACAGAUGUUAAAUGUGAAUGAAAGAGUAACUGACUGAAUGGUCUGAGAGAUUUGAAAGGCAUUUGCAUUGAACUCUUUAAUAGACAUAAUACAUCAGCUUAUCUUAUGUGGUGAAUCUUCGUGAAGACCACUUCUGUGGUAAACCCUUGCCUGAGUUGGCUUUAUGGAUUCAACAGGAUUGAAAUUACCUGCUAAAUCUUCCUUUGCAGAUCUUGGCACUGUGUUUAUUUGUUCAUGUGAGGGGACGUGUCUGACUUGUUGAAGAAUACUGUGGCCCCCUACCCUGUGAACAUUUAAUUUUCCACCAUUUUUGGAAGAGGGGAAGGGUUUUCCUCAGAUGCCUGAGAGCCAGACCAUCUUCUGUAUGCCCUUGCCCUCUGCCCCCCCCCCCCCCCAGGAAGUGGUCACCUUGCCCUCUGGGUCCCCCCCCCGAACACCUGUACAUGCAGGCAUUUUCUGAACAGGUGUGCCUACCUGCCAGGCACCACUGCUAAACCAGCUGUCAUUACCUGUGUCAAAACCAGAGUUCAGGGAAUAACCGAAGGGAACAGAGCCAUUUAUAAACUGCUUACAGACUGUUUCAAAGGGUGUGGUAGCUGUCAAAUGUAAAUAUGCCCCCAGCAGAUCCCCCUCACCUGUGCUUCAUGCAUGUGUGAAAUAAACUGGGACAAAACAUUUUUAUAGAUCACAAAUGACAGGUAAGUAAACUGAGAUAUUCCGAGAUAUAAUUUCCAAUUUUUCCAUAAAUGUGACGUAAUGUUGGUAUUUCUCUGUAGACAAAUCUUCAGCUGCCUAUUGGAACACUUUUUAGUCAAUUGGGAAUUUAAUUCCCUCAAGUAGGGCCUGUCUACAUGUUAUUUCUUGUGGAAAAUGGUGUAUAGAUUCAAAGAAUGAAGACAAGAUGCAGGCAGCAACCUACAAUAUAUUCUAGAAACCAGGAGGAGCAUUGAUGAAUAUCUGAUUUAGACCUGGUCCUCUGUUUUUAGUUGAAACACAGCUGACUGUUAAACAUGUGUCUGGUAUUUAUACCCCUCGGUCAGCCAUCAUGUCAAUAAAGCCCAAAUAACUAGAUUUUUUCAUCCUUUCCAUUGAACUUGCGGUAUAACAAGAUUGAACCUAAAUGCCCGUGUGUGUAUAAUUGAUGAGGGUCUUUGUUCCAGUGAAAGACACAAUGAUGUAAGCUUUUCUGGGGGGGGUUGUUGGGUUCUGGUUUGUCCUUUUGGGUGAUGAGUUGUUUGACAGCACACCUGUGCAGUAAGUGCUUGCGAAUUCUUUGAUUGUACAGUAGUUUCCUUCCUGUCACACUGCAGGUGUUUGAGCCUAUCAGGAUGCUGGGCCAAAUGGUCUUCCCUGUCCUAGUCAUGAGGGAGCACAGUCCUGCAACUUUUUUUGUUUGGGGUUUUAGGUUUGGACUGGACAAGAGUUUAUUUGUUUGAAAAUAAAAUAUGUGACUCAGUUA